AUGCACAUUGGUGCGCAAUUCAAAGAUCCCAAGAUUACCGGGCGGGACUACGAUCUCCUCUCCAUCAAUGACCACCCCAAGUACGAGGAUCUCUUUCCCAACCAUCGACCUGCCAAUGGCUCCCCCUCCCUCGCCGCCUGGUUGGACGCACCAAAGGCAUCCCAGCCGUGGACGCCCCUCGGUAUCUCCAAACCCAAGAAAUGA